AUGUCUUCAAAUGAUCAUAUACAGUCCGACGAGCCACAACUCUCGGAGCUCUCGCAGACUAUAACAAGAACAUCAAUGCUGCCGGAGCUGGAGGUCAUUGAAUCUUAUUCCGGCUCGGACACAACACUACAGGGGUCUACUACGGAUUCCAGUGAAUGCGAUGAAGAAAACAAUGCAGUACAUCAACGAUAUGCCAAUCGGUCAUCAUAUCGAUUCCGUCGUUUGGCGUCCAAAACCAUUGUAUCGUUUGGCCCUGACGAUCCCGAGAAUCCACAUAACUGGAGCAAUGGCAAGAAAAUCUUCGUCGUCAUCUCCGGCAUGAUGCAAGUCCUCAACAGCACAAUCGGCUCCUCCCUCCCCAGCGGAGCCUCCAAAUACAUCGUCGCCGACUUCAACAUCACAGAUGAAACAAAGCUCGUCCUCCCAAUUUCUCUGUUUCUGGUUGGGUACGUCCUUGGUCCGCUCUUAUACGGCCCUUUAUCAGAACAAUACGGUCGUCGAAUUCUAUUACUUAUUGGUUAUGCACUGUUUAAUAUCUUCGCCAUGGCGUGCGCCUUGGCGCCCUCGUUCAAUGCAUUGUUGGUGUUCAGAUUGUUGAACGGCAUGGCUGCUAGUGCGCCGAUCGCGAUUAUCACAGGCACGUUUUCGGACGUCUUUGAUAAUCCUACCGUCAGAGGGAGGAUGAUGGCUUGGUAUAUGUCUUGCACCGCCGUCGGCCCAAUCAUCUCCCCCUUCAUGUCCGGCUUUAUCUCAACCGUCAGCUGGCGCUGGUCCUUCUGGCUCGGUUUGAUUAUAGCAGGUGCCUCAUUCCCACUCGUCAUUUUCUACCCUGAAACGUACGGACCAGUCAUACUCAAACGUCGUGCUCGCAAACUUCGUAAGGAGAUUGGAAACCAGAGCAUUGUUGCACCCAUGGAUCUUACGCCUCAUGACCUUCGGGCUGUGUUGACCGUUACCUUGACAAGACCUAUCCGGAUGGCUGCAAAUGAGUUCAUGGCGUAUCCGUUGAUUUUUGAGGGAAUCUAUGGAAUGAGCGCCGGUAUCGCUGGUCUGACCUACCUACCAAUUGCACUAGGUUGCUUCCUCGCCUGUGCAAUCUUCAUUUGGUACGACGGCUUCCUCGCCCGAGCCAAAGCGCGAGGCGCCUCCUGGGCCCAAAAUGAAGACUACCGUCGCCUACCACUGGCUUGCGUCGGCGGUCCCCUCUAUGUCAUUUCACUCCUCUGGCUGGGAUGGACUGCAUCCCCCAACAUCCACUGGGGUGUACCCAUGUCUUCAGGAGUCAUCUUCGGUCUAGCCUAUGAACUAAUCUUCAUGGCCAUGCUGAAUUACCUGUCUGAUGCAUACCAACAAUUCGCCGCUAGCGCCCAGUCAGCGUCCAGUUGUUGUCGGAGCAUUUUCGGUGCUGUGUUACCGCUUGCUGCACGUCCCAUGUUCUCCGCUGUGGGGAUUAAUUGGGGAUGCAGUAUAGUCGCAUUUGCGAGUUUGGGGGUUUCCGUUAUCCCGUUUGCGUUCAUUUAUUUCGGUAAGACGAUUCGAAGUGGGAGUAAGUUGCAGCAGCAUUUGGAGGUGCUGAGGGAAGAGGAGCAGAGGGUUUGGGCGGUGGAAGCUGAGGGACAGCAGGGGGUUGGAGUGGAUAUGGAGAAGCAGGUUCAGGUGAAUGUCAAUGCUGCUUAG